CGCUAGAGCAGCGACAGGUGGCGGCGGGUGAGAGUCCGAGAUUCGCGGGGGUGGGGGCUGGCCGCACCUGCGAGCCCUCUGAGCCGCCGUAGCCCCGCCCCUCCGCGCGUGGCGCCCCGACGCUUAGCGCGCGGGCCGCUCUUUUUACAGAGGUCGCUCUUGUCCGAACGGGCGGCCUCUGCUGCGCCUGCGUGGUCGGGAGGGGAAGUGAGGCGGUUUCCUCGGCGCCUUUUCCGGCGGCGGCGGCGGCAGAGCUGGGAGGAGGCGGUGGAGGCCGGAGGGAGCCCGCGCUCGGGGCGGCGGCUGGAGGCAGCGCACCGAGUUCCCGCGAGGAUCAAUGACCUGACGGGGCGCCGGAGCCGCGCUGCCUCUCGGGUGGCCUGGGUCGGUGGUGAGCGUGGUGCUCGCGGACCGGGAGCCGGGCCGAAGGGCCGCAGUCUCCCGCGGCGGAGCGAGGAGAAGGCGGAGGAGCGGGCACCGCGGCGGCGCUCGCGCGGCGCCUGCGGGGGGAAGGGCAGUUCCGGGCCGGGCCGCGCCUCAGCAGGGCGGCGGCUCUCCCGGCGCAGACUCAGCGCCCCGGCGGCCGCGGCGACUGGAGGAAUCAAGUUGUGCGGUGGGUGAUGCCCGAGUGAGCGACGGGUCCGGGCCUCUCCCCCGAGGAGGCGACUCCCACGCAGGCCGCACAGGCGCCCUCGCGACUGGGAGGCUCCGUUUCGGUUUCACGGCGGCGGCGGCGGCGUUGUUGGCGGAGGGGACCCGGGACACCUGAAUGCCCCCGGCCCCGGCUCCUCCGACGCGAUGGGGAAGGUGCUAUCUAAGAUCUUCGGGAACAAGGAAAUGCGGAUCCUCAUGUUGGGCCUGGACGCAGCCGGCAAGACCACCAUCCUGUACAAGUUGAAGCUGGGCCAGUCGGUGACCACCAUCCCCACCGUGGGUUUCAACGUGGAGACCGUGACUUACAAAAACGUCAAGUUCAACGUGUGGGAUGUGGGCGGCCAGGACAAGAUCCGGCCGCUCUGGCGGCAUUACUACACCGGGACCCAGGGUCUGAUCUUCGUAGUGGACUGCGCCGACCGCGACCGCAUCGACGAGGCCCGCCAGGAGCUGCACCGCAUUAUCAAUGACCGGGAGAUGAGGGACGCCAUAAUCCUCAUCUUCGCCAACAAGCAGGACCUGCCCGAUGCCAUGAAACCCCACGAGAUCCAGGAGAAACUGGGCCUGACCCGGAUUCGGGACAGGAACUGGUAUGUGCAGCCCUCCUGUGCCACUUCAGGGGACGGACUCUAUGAGGGGCUCACAUGGUUAACCUCUAACUACAAAUCCUAAUGAGCCUCUUCUCCGCCCAUCCCCCGGAAGGAGAGAAAUCAAAAACCCAUUCAUAGGAUUAUCGCCACCAUCACCUCUUUCAGUUGCCACUUUCUCUUCUUUGAAUUUGAACUCUGGAGUUACCGUUCUGCGGUUUGGGGGAGGGGGUUAGGGGUUUUCUUUUUUGUUUCUUUUCUUUUUUUUCUUUGCUUUGCGUUAGGAUGCUCUGAUCUGACUUUUGACAUGAACACAAAGUGCUAGAUGCUCUUGUUGACUUCCAGCAAAUGGGAUGGGGGAAGUAUAGCGGUUCUCGGUAAAUUCCUUUAUAAUAAUGGUUUGAUUUUUUUAUUUCGAGAGAAUCUUCUUUUCCAAUGUAUGCUUUUUUUCCUUUUUGCCCAGUUUCCUUAUCACUUGCUGUAGAUGGCUUAUUUUGCAUUCAUGCAGACUGUGUUGCAAGUCUGUUUCACCUAGUAAACUGAAAAUUAUUGCUUAAUCAAA